AUGUCGCCGUCGUACCUACUCCCCCUCCCGCAAGAUGCCGGAGAUCUACCCGAAAAGCACCAACACGCCCUGGCAGAACUCGAGCAACAGUUCGACCUCCCGAGCGACAAACUCCAGGAGAUCGUCAAGCAGAUGCUGUGGGAGUUCGAACAGGGGCUGACCCAGUUCGCGACCGCCGAGAACAAGGAUACGUUCUUGUGGGUCCCAGUCUACGCCGGACAGGGCGCGAGAGGGCCUCUCCUCUUUGGAGGGGCUGGCUUCUCACUAAUUCCGGAACACGCUCAGGGGUAGAGAGAGCUGACAAUCACGCGCGAUGUACCACAGGCCCAUGAUCCCGUCCUAUAUCCAGUCAAUCCCCUCGGGCAAAGAGCAGGGUACUUUCCUCGCCCUCGACCUCGGCGGCACCAACCUGCGCGUAUGCGAGGUCAACCUCCGCGGUGAUUCCAAGUGGACGAUGCGCCAACAAAAGUACAAGGUCUCGGACGCGCUCAAGACGGGCGAGGUCACGCAUUUGUUCGAUUACAUCGCAACCAGUGUCGAUCAAUUCUUGACCGAGAUUGGCACGAGUGGAGCCCAGGACGAGAAGCUCUACUUGGGGUUCACCUUUAGUUUCCCCGUUGCUCAGACAGCUCUUGCCAAGGGGACACUCAUCAACUGGACCAAGGUAGGCAGCAUUCUGUUCACGCUGCAAGUAUAAAGUUGAAGCCGGGAGCUGAAGCGAUCACCCACCCGGUUCUGGACAGGGGUUCGAAUGCAAGAACGCCGUGGGCAAGGACGUCGCCCAACUGCUGCAAGAUGCCCUCGAUCGCAAGCACAUUCACGUUAGGGUAUCCGCGCUCGUCAACGACACCUGCGGCACACUCAUGGCCGCAGCUUACGAGAGGGGUGAUUGUCUCUGUGGGGCCAUCUUUGGUACGGGUACCAACGGUGCCUACGUCGAGGAGAUGGAGAAGAUCACAAAGAUGAAGCACAGCAAAAAGGACAUUGACGACGCGAAAAAGGCGGGCCUGCACAAGAUGGUCGUCAACACCGAAUGUGAGCAGACUAAAGCUGGUGAAGAUUGACCAGCUCGGAGCGACGGCAGCUAAAUUUUACUCCGUUUCGUCUCUCUCUUUUCUGUAGGGGGAGCUUUUGACAACGAGGUGCGCUGGUUUAUGGCGAGUCGAGAAGCGCGGCUAGUCGACUAAUCGUUUCCAUCCCCUCAUUGCAAUAGCGUAUCGUCAUGCCAUUUACGGUCUUUGAUAGCCGAGUGGACCGCAUCUCGAUCAACCCGCGGAAACAGGCCUUUGAGAAGGUAAAUGCAGGCUCGAUACUACGACAGAUGCUUACGGCAGCUGACAGUGAAGUUCUUCUUUUGCUCCAGAUGAUUUCGGGGAUGUGUAAGCAGCGCGAUAAGUGAUUUUCGGUGGGUUUGAUCUCGUCGCUCACCAUAGGCUUGUUUCAUCCACUCCACAGACCUCGGUGAGGUCACCCGCAACGUUGUUCUGCAUCUCGUGGACUCGCAGGUCAUCUUCAACGGCUACUCUUCCAAGAACCUCAACGCCCACUACGGUCUCGACACCGCCGUCAUGUCGGCACUGGAAGCGCCGUCACUCGGCGGCGACGCAGCUAAGGACACGCUCGGCACGAUCCGUCAAUGUCUGACCAAAGACCUCGGGAUGGAGAAUUCGCUCGUCAGCGACGCAGACUGCAUCGCAGUAGCUCGAGUAUCGGAGAUUGUCGGCACGAGGGGAGCGAGGUUAUCGGCUUGUGCGAUCGCCGCUGUCGUCAAGCAGACGGGGUACGAUCAGUCGAGCAAUUCGGAGAAGGCGAGGUUCGGGCUGGAUGGGUCGCUGGUCGAGUUCUACCCGAGGUUCGAACAACGUGUGAGGCAAGCACUGAAGGAGUUGCUCGGUGAGGACGUAGAGAGGCGCGUGGUGAUCGAUCUCGCCAAGGAUGGCAGUGGUGUUGGCGCUGCGCUGUGUGCUCAGGCAGCCAAGGCGAUGGAGGACAAGGCCAAGCAAGCCUGA